GUCUUCAUUUAUAAUUACAUUUACAUUUUUCGCAAGAUCAUUAUCUACAUUUAGAAAGCGACAUCUGAAUAGCGUCAGUAAAUUGUUUCAUUCAAUCCGGUAUAAUUUGAUUUGAAAUUUGGCUUGUCAAUUGGAUUGCACAGAAGAAAGCAGUAUGGGAAAUUUAGUGUAUGGCAUAAAGGCUACUUCAAAGGUAACGCCGCAGCCAAUGCCUGAAGUAAAGCAAUACUUUUACGAACAAGACGUCAUAACCUACAACCACACACUAAAGAUAAACGAGCUGGAGGAGGAGGUGAAGUUCUUGAAAAAUCAAAAUCUGUUCCUCGAACAUGUGCUGAAAGAGAACGGUAUCGAAGUGGUGCCCGGUACUAAAGCCGAAUUCAACGACCCUGCAUUCCGCAACGAGGAAUAUCGUCUGUUGUUGCACGAGUACAGUAUCCUGGAGCAACGUAUGGCUGCAGUCAUCAUUGAAAAUAUAUGUUUGAAGAAAAAAAUUAUGGAACAACGACAGCAGGAUGAAAAUUGCAAGGAAGUUAUACAGGAAUGAUUGAUUUACCUUUACUACUAUAUUUUUUAUUUAUUACUGCUCUAUGACACUUCACUAAUUUAUAUUAACAUUAUUAUUAUCACUAUUAUUUACACAUAUGUUUAUUUAUUUCAUUUAAUAAAUGAAUGCUUCUAA